CUCUGAGACAGGAAAAGAGCCACACCGGCGAGGGCAGCACACGAAUACACGAAUGCGACGGGAGCCCUUUUAUUGCAUUACACACUUGAUAGUGGGGUCCCUCUGAUGCUCCCUUGCUUUUUUCCAUGUUGUUGUAGACUUGUGUGAUUGUUCUGAGGAGCUAUUACGGACUAUAGUUGAUCAAGUGGAAGUGGAAAAGUUUUCCGCACUUUGUUUCAUAUGUGUUUGAGUGCGAAGGGGUGGGGGAAAUAGGUGAGCAGCCUUCGGUUACCAACACGUUCAGACAGUCAGUUAGGGAACAGUAUGUCGAGAUAUAAAUACUUGCCAAGAAAGUCGGUACCGAAUAUGAGAGCGAUGAUUGGGAGUGAUCAAUGAGCUCACUUCAGACUUGCCAAAACAAAGACGACUUGUGCGACUCCAAAACAGCCAAAACAAGGUAGCAAGAGGAACAUCCCCUCCCUUCCCCCGAAAUCUAGUCCAAUUUAUCAUUAUGGCUUCCUCCGGAGAAGAACACAUUGUGAUGACACCCAAGAAAAAGACUGCCAAGUCGACCACUCUCAUGAUGGAGCGGAAGUUGAUCCAGGCCAAAACCGGUGGGAAAGUCCACAUUGCCGGCGGUAGCAAUGCCGGGAUCGUGGUCAACAAGGAAAGUGCCAUAGAUGAUUCCAAGAUCAAUCCGCCUCAAUUGUCUUUGGAAUUCCGCGUGUUUCUCAUCAACGUCCAGACGAAACGAUACACACAAGAGAAACGGGUUAUAGCUUAUUGGUUCAAGGAGACCUAUCCGGAGGAGCAGAGGGCCUUUUCCGCCCAAGAGUUCUUCAAAACCUUGGUCAGUCCCACGGAUUUUCCGCGAGAUUAUGUGGGUUUCAUCAAGAAGAUCAUGAAGCUGAUGCAGCACGAAUAUUCCAUGUUGGCCAAGAUCGAAGUGGAACUCACUCAAGAGAAAGAAAUGGAUGAAUUGCCCAAUCGACCAGUGGUGUUUGGAGCAAAACUGGUAUCUGUGAAUGGAUCUGGCCCCGCCCCAACUACGACUUGCUCGCCUUCUGCUUCUUCUUCUGCUUCUUCUUCUGCUCCGCCCAGAGUUCUUGACGAGGAACGAGGAAGCGACGUGCCCAAAAAAGAAGUCACGGCCGAGGAUAUCCUAGAAAUCAUCGAGGAUUCGUACCCAAACUCGUUGACUGUGGAUGAUAUGUCCAGGCGUUUUGUGGUGGAAAAAGAGUUGGUGAAACGAAUGGUCAUGGAGCUUGUUUCGAAGCAACUUGUCAAAGCCGUGGGAGUCGGGGGUCCAAGUGUAGAAGGGGUGGAUUCCAGUGUUGGGGCUUAUCGACGUGUUCAUCAAGACGAGGAUCAAGUAACGGUGGUGAAACAAAUGCCCCGAAUCGUGGAAAAGUCUCUACAGCCCACCAUUGCCAUCAUUACAUCUCAAUACCACGAGAAAAUGGCGGUGGACGCGGUUCUCACCAAUAAGCAAACUUUCGUGCGAUACGCCACCGUAGGAGAAGCCAAUGUGUACACGCUGGGUGAUUUGGGGUCACAUCGCGUGGUGACCACCAAGUUACCUCUCAUCGGGAAUGGCAAAGACGCCCUCAUUGCCACGGGCAGCACCACCACACGUCUCUUGGGCACUUUUCAACGCGUGGAGCACGUGUUCUUGGUGGGAGUGGGAGGAGCGGUUCCGCAUUACACUGAUUUCGACAAGCAUGUGAGGAAAGGCGAUGUCGUGAUUGCUACUCCAGUCUCCUCUCAAGACAGAUCCAUCUACAAACACUCUGAUGUGAUCUUUUGCAAGAAUGGUGAUAUCAAAUUCGAAACCAAAUCCUGGUGUCCCCCGGAUCUUGGCAUUCAAGAUCUGGCACAAGGUCUCGCCAAAAAGUUUGAAGCUAAUCCUUCGGAGGCUCCUUGGCUGGGUUACUACCGAUCCGCUCAACAGCAUCUUGAGUCUGAAAUGGGCGGUGAUUGGACUCGCCCCUCGGCGGAAACGGACAAGUUGUACAUGUCGGUGGGAGGAGGAGACGUGAUUGAAGUCGGACAUCCACCUCCCAAGGGACAAGUGGAAGAUCCCAGAGUCUAUGGUGAACCUUUGCUGCAUUUCGGGUCUGUCGCCUCGGGAAAGAAAAUCUCGUUGGAUGAUCAAUUGCGACAGGAAUUCGCAGCCCGUUUCGGAACCCUGUGUUUCGACACCGAAUUGGAUGCCGUGGUGGAAUCCAUUUACGGCAACAGAAAAGAUCAGUAUGUCCUCAUUCGAGGCAUCACAGACUACAAGGAUGGCACUCGAGAGCGAGAAUGGCAAAACUACUCUUCCCUCAUGGCCGCAGCUGUUCUCCGAGCAAUAGUGGAACAAAUGGACGGUCCUCCAUCAUAAAUCGCUCCCUUUGAAUUUCCAUAUCUCCCUCUUGUUCAUCGAGGAUCUCAUGGCACAUUGGAAGCUCGAUCACCAACGCUUUGAAGGGCAUUUUCCUUGAUCCGCGAGAUAUUGUUAUUGGUGUUGUAUUGUGCCAACCUGAGUUCGAGACCCAUAUAUUUUUUUCCGCUUUCCUCGUGUUUGUCAUUGGAUCUAAGAUUACGGAAAUACAGAACUCUACAUUAUUAUUCAUUA